GCAAAACCCAAAAGGGCUUUAUACAGAGGAGAACUGUAAUAAGAGGAGGAGAAAGAAUUAGUUCUGCUCAAUUGCUCUCAAGCUUUAAAUUUUCUAUCACCAUUGUUACUGUUACAUUUUCUCCUUUAUUUCCAUAUAAAGGCAACCGGCCGACCCCAUUGGCCUGGAGCUGUUUCUUUUCUUUUGUUUUUGGUUUUGUUGCAUUGUUCAGGAAAGUCCCGGGGAAAAUAGUUGGGUAAAUUGGGAAGGUCGAAGUGCCAACGAAAAUGGGGUUUUGAAAUUUGAUCCGUGGAAAAAGAGCAGAUUCUGGGUUUAUUUGAUCUUAUAUAUAUCUGCAUUGUGGAUGCACACAGUUGCUUGCCUCCACCGGUCAGGAUGGAAUGAGAACUACAAAACAGCUUCAACUGUCAAAUUUGUGAUGGAUCCACAGUAUGAUUCUCAUGUGAGUGAAAACGGGGAGUUGGGUGGUUUAAGUGAAGUUUGUAACGGCAGCAUUUCUGGCAGGAUAGAAGAUUUCAAUUGGAAUAACAUUUCUGAUGUCCUCCAAUCAAAGACUGGUCACCACGGAGAUGUCCAUGCUUCUAAGAUUACCGAGCUAAUGAAUUCGAGCAAUUUAGAGAAUGCUUCUAUGCACUCACUUUUUGGUGUUGUCAAUAAAAUUCUGAAUGAAAGCAUUGAGAGAAAUGGGGACAUAACUCAGCGCGUCGCAUCUGUGCUGAAAUUAGUCGUGCAAGAAAUUGAGCAUCGGGUUUCAAAACAUGCAGACAAUAUGAGGAAGGGUAUUAUGCAGCAAAGCAAUCUGUACAAGUCUCGUGAAGACAGGUACCAUACAAUGAUAAGAGCAUUAGAAUCUCUUGCAGCCGGAACCAGUGAAGAAAAUGAGAUUGUCAUGAACCAGCUUCAAAAGAUGAAGGCUGAGAAGACUAAAAUUGAGGAGGAGAAGAAGCUUGAGCAGCAGAAUCUAAUUAAAUUGAAGAAAGAAAAGGACUGCUGUGUGAGUCAAAUUCUGUCGCUUAAUGAAGAGCUCGCGCUAGCCAAAAAGUCGUAUGAGGAGGAUCUUUUUCAAUUGGAAGCUAAGGCUGAGGAUGCAAAAGAAAAGCUACAAAAUAAGAUUUUGGAACUCGAAUGCCUUCUAGCUGAUUCAAGUAAGAAGGUUAAAGAGCUCGAGGAAUUUUCAAACUCAAAAUUUUUGCGAUGGAAAAGAAAAGAACAGGGUUACAGGCACUUCAUUGAUUCUCAAUCUGGAUCCAUACAGGAACUAAGAUCAGCAUCUGAGUCCAUAAAGGAAGAGGUUUCAAAGAUCAAGGAUUCCUAUGCUGAAGAGUUUUAUCGUUUUGGUUUAAAUCUCAAAGGCUUGAUCGAUGCUGCACAAAGUUAUCAUAGCGUUCUUGAAGAAAAUCGGAAAUUAUAUAAUGAGGUCCAAGAUUUGAAAGGAAACAUAAGAGUUUAUUGUCGCAUUAGGCCAUUUCUCCCGGGACAAAAUAGAAAACAAACAACCAUACAGUGUAUUGGUGACAAUGGAGAAUUGGUUGUCAUAAACCCCUCAAAACCUGGAAAAGAUAGUCACCGUCUAUUCAAAUUCAACAAGGUCUUUAGUCCUGCAGCUACCCAAGAGGAUGUUUUCCGAGACACUCAGCCAUUGAUCAGGUCCAUCCUUGAUGGGUAUAAUGUCUGCAUAUUUGCUUAUGGACAAACUGGUUCAGGGAAAACUUACACAAUGACUGGACCGAAUGUGUCGUCUGUAGUGGACUGGGGAGUCAAUUAUAGAGCUCUGUAUGAUCUCUUCAACAUCUCCCAGACAAGACGUAGCUCGAUUGAAUACGAAAUUUGUGUCCAAAUGGUUGAAAUAUAUAACGAACAAGUAGAACUUCUCAUUGUAUUCUUUGACUUGCGCACACUUGGGAUUUGGAGUACCUCCCAACCAAAUGGUUUGGCUGUGCCUGAUGCUAGCUUGCAUCCUGUAAAAUCAACUAUCGAUGUGUUAGAGCUGAUGAAUGUUGGCUUAACGAAUCGAGCUGUCGGUGCCACUGCUCUGAAUGAAAGAAGUAGUCGGUCCCACAGUAUCCUUACUGUUCACGUCCGCGGAUUGGAUUUAGAAACAAGUGCUGUUUUACGUGGCUGUCUUCAUUUAGUUGAUCUGGCUGGUAGUGAAAGAGUCGACCGUUCUGAAGCAACAGGCGAUAGAUUGCGUGAAGCACAACAUAUAAACAAAUCUCUAUCGGCUUUGGGGGAUGUUAUUUUUGCUCUGGCUCAGAAAAGUACUCAUGUGCCGUACAGGAAUAGUAAAUUAACUCAAGUACUUCAGAGCUCUUUAGUUUUGAUUGAUCUGACAAUCUUGAGACCUCAUGCCUCUCUCCUGGCUUAUGUUGCAGGUGGCCAAGCAAAAACUCUAAUGUUUGUACAGCUCAAUCCUGAUGUAGAGUCCUUCUCAGAGACUAUAAGUACCUUAAAGUUUGCUGAGAGAGUUUCUGGUGUUGAAUUGGGUGCAGCUCGAAGUAACAAAGAGAGUAGGGGUGUCAGAGAACUUAUGGAACAGGUAGCUUCCCUAAAAGACGCCGUUGCCAAGAAGGAUGAAGAGAUCGAGCAGUUACAGUCACACAAAACAAACGGAAGCACUGAACGACUCGUUGAUCUGAAAUCAGCAGGGAAAGUCGCUUCUGACAGAGCAGCCUCUGAUCCAGACAACAGCUCCGAGUACAGUGACAAGCACUCUGAAGUUGGGUCCCAUCAGUCAAUGGAUGAGUUAAAGCACCACAAAGACUUCUUCCGGCAGUCGAGGCUUGCUGCUGUGGGUGGUGAGAAGUUUCCGGAAGACAAUGGUUUGAAGUUGGAAGUUGCUGGUCAAAAUGGUUGGAAUGAGGAUGUUGAGCUUUUGGGGUUGGGAGAUGGUGAUUUGGAUGACAGGCUGAGUGAUAUUUCAGAUGGAGUUCUUUCUAUGAGGACCGAAACAGACUGCUCGAUUAAUAGUAUUGUGGAGCACUCACUUUUCCCAGAGACGACCAAGCCACCUCCAGAGAUAAUCGAAAAGCCUAAUGUGCCAGCUAAAAUUCCAAGACCACCAAAGCUGGGUCCAGCGCUAACUUCCCGGCCAUCUCUUAGCAAAAGCACCUCUAAAAUUCCAAGCUCGAAAAAGGCCACACCCAGCAGCAGUUCAUCUGCACUUAAACCUCCCAAAAGGUGGCAGUAAUUUUACACUGUCACGGAGUUUGUCUGUAAAUUAGAGCAGCAGUGGGCAUCCAUGCGCUGGCUCGCUCUUUUAGGUAUUAGAUUAGAGGGUUUUGCUAGAAAUCCUUAUUUUGUGUUGUAAAAAUUUAGAUUAGACUCUGCUGGUAAUUCCUUAAAUGUCAUCCCCAGCUUAUGGAUGAAAUAUUGAAGAUAUGCAGACGGGUGUUGCAAAAAUGUACUGAGCCUGCAAUAUUUUAGCUUCAAUGCUAAUGUGCUCUAAUGUUCCAAAGUGCAGUUUGCUUUUGUUCUAAGCGCAUUAUAGUACUUGUAUGCUUUUAGCCGGAAUCUUAUUAGAAAUGGGAGCGUAUGGAUUAGUUCGAAUCAAUAUGGAAUUAUUAUUCCCCCACGCUCAUUCUUUAUUUUCUCCUUAUGUAGGGUGAAGAAAUU